GGGAGUCGCCGCGAAGCGAGUGGCCGGCCAGUUUCGGCGCGCGCGCUCCGGGAGGGGUGACCGCGGCUCCGGCCUCGGCGCCCCGCGCGCACUUCGGCGAUGGCUUCUCCGCCGCGGCGGCGUCUGCGCCUUCGCCCGCGCCGCCUCCUGCUCCUUCUUCCCGGAUUCCUGCUGCCUCUUUGCGGCGCCUUCAACCUAGACGUGGACAGUCCCGCCGAAUACUCCGGCCCCGAGGGGAGUUACUUCGGCUUCGCGGUGGAUUUCUUCGUGCCCAGCGCGUCUUCGAUGUUUCUUCUGGUGGGAGCGCCCAAAGCAAACACUACCCAGCCUGGGAUUGUGGAAGGUGGGCAAGUCCUCAAGUGUGACUGGUCUUCUCACCGUGGCUGCCAGCCAAUCGAAUUCGAUGCCACAGGCAACAGAGAUUAUGCCAAGGAUGAUCCAUUGGAGUUUAAGUCCCACCAGUGGUUUGGAGCAUCUGUGAGAUCAAAACAGGAUAAAAUUUUGGCCUGUGCCCCACUGUACCACUGGAGGACUGAAAUGAAGCAGGAGAGAGAGCCCGUUGGAACAUGCUUUCUUCAGGAUGGAGCAAAGACUGUCGAGUAUGCUCCAUGCAGAUCAAAAAAUAUUGAUGCCGAUGGACAGGGAUUUUGUCAAGGAGGAUUCAGCAUUGAUUUUACCAAAGCUGACAGAGUACUUCUUGGUGGUCCUGGAAGCUUUUAUUGGCAAGGUCAGCUAAUUUCGGAUCAAGUGGCAGAAAUUGUAUCUAAAUAUGACCCCAAAGUUUACAGCAUCCAGUAUAAUAACCAGUUGGCCACUCGGACUGCUCAAGCUAUUUUUGAUGACAGUUACUUGGGUUAUUCCGUGGCUGUCGGAGAUUUCAAUGGUGAUGGCAUAGAUGACUUCGUUUCAGGCGUUCCAAGAGCAGCAAGGACUUUGGGAAUGGUUUAUAUUUAUGAUGGGAAAAACAUGUCCUCCUUACACAAUUUUACUGGUGAGCAGAUGGCUGCAUAUUUUGGAUUUUCUGUUGCUGCCACUGACAUCAAUGGGGAUGAUUACGCGGAUGUGUUUAUUGGAGCGCCACUCUUCAUGGAUCGUGGCUCAGAUGGCAAGCUCCAGGAGGUGGGGCAGGUUUCGGUGUGCCUGCAGAGAGCUUCAGGAGACUUCCAGAUGACCAAGCUGAACGGGUUUGAGGUCUUUGCGAGGUUCGGCAGUGCCAUAGCACCUUUGGGAGAUCUGGACCAGGACGGCUUCAAUGAUAUUGCAAUUGCUGCUCCCUAUGGGGGUGAAGAUAAAAAAGGAGUUGUUUAUAUUUUCAAUGGAAGAUUAACAGGCUUGAACGCUGUACCAUCUCAAAUCCUUGAAGGGAAAUGGGCUGCUCGGAGCAUGCCACCAAGCUUUGGCUAUUCAAUGAAAGGAGCCACGGAUAUAGACAGAAAUGGGUAUCCAGACUUAAUUGUAGGAGCUUUUGGUGUAGAUAGAGCUGUAUUAUACAGGGCCAGACCAGUUAUCACUGUAAAUGCUGGCCUUGAAGUGUACCCUAGCAUUUUAAAUCAAGACAAUAAAACCUGCCCACUGCCUGGGACAGAUCUCAAAGUUUCCUGUUUUAAUGUCAAGUUCUGCUUAAAGGCAGAUGGCAAAGGAGCACUUCCCAGGAAACUUAAUUUCCAGGUGGAGCUUCUUUUGGAUAAACUCAAGCAAAAAGGAGCAAUUCGACGAGCACUAUUUCUCCAUAACCGGUCCCCAGGUCACUCCAAGAACAUGACUAUUUCAAGGGGGGGACAGAUGCAGUGUGAGGAACUAAUAGCAUAUCUGCGGGAUGAAUCUGAAUUUAGAGACAAACUUACUCCAAUUACUGUUUUUAUGGAGUAUCGGUUGGAUUACAGAACAGCUGCUGAUGUGACAGGCUUGCAACCUAUCCUUAACCAGUUCACUCCCGCCAACGUUAGUCGACAGGCCCAUAUUUUGCUUGAUUGUGGUGAAGACAAUGUCUGCAAACCCAAGUUGGAAGUUUCUGUAGAUAGUGAUCAAAAGAAGAUCUAUAUUGGAGACGACAAUCCUCUGACAUUGAUGGUUAAGGCUCAGAAUCAAGGAGAAGGUGCCUAUGAAGCUGAGCUCAUCAUUUCCAUCCCACCCCAGGCUGAUUUCAUCGGGGUUGUCCGCAAUAGUGAGGCCUUAGCAAGACUUUCCUGUGCAUUUAAAACAGAUAACCAAACCCGCCAGGUGGUAUGUGACCUUGGAAACCCAAUGAAGGCUGGAACUCAACUCCUAGCUGGUCUUCGUUUCAGUGUGCACCAGCAAUCAGAGAUGGAUACUUCUGUGAAAUUUGAUUUGCAAAUCCAAAGUUCCAAUCUCUUUGACAAAGUAAGCCCAGUUGUAUCUUACAAAGUGGACCUCGCUGUCUUAGCUGCUGUUGAGAUAAGAGGAGUCUCAAGUCCUGAUCAUAUCUUUCUUCCAAUUCCAAACUGGGAGCAUAAGGAGAACCCAGAGACCGAAGAAGAUGUUGGGCCAGUCGUUCAGCACAUCUAUGAGCUGAGAAACAAUGGUCCAAGUUCAUUCAGCAAGGCAAUGCUAAAUCUUCAGUGGCCUUACAAAUAUAACAAUAACACUCUGUUAUACAUCCUUCAAUAUGAUAUUGAUGGACCUAUGAACUGUACUUCAGAUAUGGAGAUCAACCCUUUGAGAAUUAAGAUCUCAAAUUCGCAAGCUGAAAAGAAUGACACAGUUGCUGGGCAAGGUGACCGGAACCAUCUCAUCACUAAGCGGGAUCUCACCCUCAGUGAAGGAGAUGUUCACACUUUGGGCUGUGGAACUGCUGAGUGCUUGAAGAUUGUCUGCCAGGUUGGACGACUAGACAGAGGAAAGAGUGCAAUCCUGUAUGUAAAGUCCCUGCUGUGGACUGAGACAUUUAUGAAUAAAGAAAACCAGAAUCAUUCCUACUCUCUGAAGUCAUCUGCUUCUUUUAAUGUCAUUGAGUUUCCUUAUAAGAACCUUCCAAUUGAGGAUAUCUUCAACUCCACAUUAGUUACUACCAAUGUCACGUGGGGCAUUCAGCCUACACCCAUGCCCGUGCCUGUGUGGGUGAUCAUUUUGGCAGUGUUAGCCGGAUUGCUGUUGCUGGCUGUUUUGGUAUUUGUGAUGUACAGGAUGGGCUUUUUUAAACGUGUCCGGCCACCUCAAGAAGAGCAAGAAAGGGAACAGCUUCAACCUCAUGAAAAUGGUGAAGGAAACUCAGAAACUUAACUGUGAUUUUUAAGUUAUGCUGCAUCCUGACCCAUGAGAAUCACCACCUUCAUCACAGGUUUCGGUUUCCUUCACGAGGAAUAAAAUUCCACGACUGUACUGCUAAUGGUGCCUGUUGGUAUUAACCACAAAACAAGAGCAAUAUUUGUCAACUUUUUUCUAAUAAUUAAGUUCAGGCAUAUGUUUAAUCCACAGCCACUGACUUGUGUUUUUAGGUAUUUAAAUAAUAAAAUUUCAAGUGAUAGUUCUUCUUCUUUGUACAUAUGACAGGUAGUACUUGAGUUACCACUUUAUAUAAAACAGUACCUCCUACAAUUCCUGUUUCUGAUUUUGUAUGUUGGAUUUUGUUUGUUGUUUUUGUUGUCUUAAAGCAAUCCAUGUUUGGACCUUCAGGUCCACAUCUUUUGUACAGGAAUGUAAUGUUAAUGUACACUACACUACAGUUGAGUUUUUAAGCUUCUAACUUUAUAACUGCAUGAACUUGGGUUUUAAAAUAUUAAACCUGUAUGAUAGAACUUUAAUAAAAAAAGCAGAUCCAUUAAAAUUCUUUCCUGUAAUAGCAAAUGUAUAGUAUUUUAAUAUGACAAUAGGGUACAUGCUAUUACAUUUUUAUUCUUGUUUUAGUCCACAGUCCAUUUCAAUACAUUUUAAUUUGUUGAUGUUUAGGUCCUAUUUCAAAUUCUUUAAGCCAAUCUAUACUAAAAAUUUUAUAAUCAAAAAUGCCUCUUUCGUGUAAUAGUUUGUCACUAAUCAUCGUGAUGCUUAAAGCCAUAUGCAGUUGGGAAUCCUUUCCAAAGUACAUGUACCCCAUUGUGUGUGCUGGCUAUUUACAAUACAACAACAAAAGAAAGCAUUUAAAUUAUAAGAUUGUGUUUGUAGUUCUCUGGUAGAGUUGCUUAUUAACGGUACGCUCUCAGAGCAAGAAUUUUUAGUUGGAAUUAAUUUAUUUUCUUCCUAUAUAUGCAUUUUUCCUUAUAUUUCCAAAACUGUUACUAAGAAUGGGUUAAGAUUAAUGAGGGAUCGUUACAGUUUGCAGGAACCUGUACCUAAAUUUCCAACCCCGUGAGAAGUGCUUGGAGUUGAAAUUCUUAAAGUAGCUUACUGGUUUGCUUUUAACAACAGUGUGAUGCUACUCCUGUGGAUAUUACCUUAUGUAAGCAAGGUGUCACGGGUAAAACCCAUCUCUGCUGUCAAAAUGACUUAGAAAAGUUACUUUUAUAAGCAAUUCAAGUUACUGAAACUUUUGUAGUUUUAUUAACAUAAAUUACUUUUCUAGGACUUUUUAUAUAAAAGCUGCACAGGUGGCAUGUUAUAGUUUUAUAUGCCUCUAGGGUGAUGAUUUCUUCUAGAGGAAUGUGUGAUUUAUUCACAGAGCCUCAAGGUCUGGGAAUGACUCUUAAUUUUACCUUUCGUGCAAUUACAUCAUGUUGUGCUUUAGAAAUUGAGAAUUUAAUAGGCUUUUAACUGCUGUCUUAAUUAGGCAAUGAUAAAUAUUUCCCUUAAAUAAUUGAAUAUUUUUCUAUGCUUUAAAAAUAAUUGAAGUUUAUCUAGCCACAUCUUGUGUUCAAUUCCCUACACAAGUGGCUAAGCUAGAAUCUAUUCAUAAAACAGAGGUACAUGAGUUAUAUAUGUUAAAACAUGACAAGACCCUGUAUUUAGCUUUAAUGAAUUUCAAAAUUUAUAAGUUGUGUAGUAUAGAUUUUAUUAGUAGCUUAAAAGAUCAUAGUUAUAUGCAGUAAGUAUUUUUAUUGCCAGUAGGUCUGAAGUUUUUUUAAAAAAAUAUUUUUAUCCUUGGGUCUGCCAUGAGACAGUCACUAAAUUGGUCUGUGACAACUUUCACUUUACCUGUUUCCCCACCUUAUAGUAGGCAUCCCUGAAAGUAUAUGUUGGAUAGAAAUUCACUCUUUUAACAAAAUGUUACUGUUUACUGUUGCCCAGUCUGUUUCUUUUAUGGCCUGUCUCUCAAGGUAUAAUCUUAUAUGGGAGCUUGAAGGAUGUUGUUGUUAGAAGCAUAUUUUAAAUUUCCCUUAUGAAAUGCAGUUUUAAGCAAUAGUAUUUUCUUUUAAAAAUGAAAAUGUAUAUCUCUACAAAACUUUGGUAGAAGUGUAAUUUGGAAGCUUACUCUUUGAGGAAAAUGUUUGGGAAAAUGUUGGGAUUCUUUUUACCCUAAAACUACGAAAUUUGCGUUUUCCAUCUUGAGUAUAAGUUUUUAUAAUCUGAUCAGUUUUUAAAAAUGGGAGUGAGGUAGGGAAUAGUUAAAGCAUUUCAUCUUGGUAAGAAAUACUGAUACUGUUGUUGAUUUCUUAUUUAGGCAUUUAUUUUAGAAUUGAUACUUUGAGAAACAUUUUUGGGGGGACAUUCUUUCCUUUUUAUCCCUUUCCUUUUCUCUUGUAAUGAAUUAUUAUAAUAAUUCUGAUAAUAGUUCUUAAUAAUUCUGAAGUAUAUAACAAUUAAAACAUUAGUGCCACAAUUUUACCUGUGUUAUGAAACUACUACUUCAUAGUAAAUUCUCAUCAAUACUUCAUAUAAAGAGAAAAAUUAAAGUAUUAGUAAAAGAGACUUUACUGAUACUGGCUUCCUUAAGAGGACUGUGGAAUAUUUCCGAUGGUUAAUGAUGACCCCCAAGAAAGAGUUAAGAGGGAAAAGUACAGUAUAUAAUUGAUAAAGUACUUUUUAUAAGGCAAAAAGUCUGUAAGUUGACAGAUAUGUCUGUGUUGCAGAAUGUAACGCCAAGCUUGGAGAAGAAUAAGUCAUUCUUGGAAUACAUGUUUAUGACCAUUGUCUAUCUUAAUGUCACUUUGUAAGUGCUCUUGCAUAGUUUGUAUAUGAGUUAGUUUGGUAAAUUAAAAAAUGUAAAAUUCAGAAAUUGAAUAAAGGAUCAAAAAUGGCAAAUGAAAUAACUCAAUGCUCCAUGUCUUGGAGAGUAUCCCUUUUAACUUGUUGGUAGGCUAGUUUGAACAGUGAACCUAUUGACUUGGUAGUGUGCGUAUAUGCUUGUAUUUCAUUGUAUUUUCUGAUAUGUAAUGAACUUCUUGGGAGAGGUACCAAAUCCUGGAUUUUUGAAUUAUUGUUCUGAAGUGCAAUAUAACAAUGUAACCAAACCUAGAUAAUUUCUGAGUCAUUGUUAAUUUAGUAAACCUAAUCUAAAUAGACACCUACUGAUAUUUUGAUGGGUAGGAGGGAGUGAUUCAUGGAUAUACAGAUGAAGCUAUUUACCCCUAAAAGGUACAUUCUACAUUUUAUUUCAGGGUGGACAUGAACCAUUCCCUACUAGUUUUGAAAUUCUUUGCAAUAUCUUAAAGUAACUUGGAAGCUCUGUAUAUCAAAUUAACUUGCUAUCUAAUAACAUAGAAUGUAAUUUUCUUUGGUUAGCUUCUCCUAUGAUCACCCACAUUGGGUGAGACAUAAAAUGAGUGUCUUCUAAAAUUUGUCAUUUGCUGACUUGAUUUGAGUUAGUGAAAACUGGUACAGAGUUCUGCUUAGUACCCAAUGUGUAACUUGUGUCUGUUCAAUAAACUUGAGUGUAUGGUGCCA